CCACUGAGAAGGCAUCGGGCUUCAUCAACUCCUUGCGGGAGAACUCCGACGCCGUCGCUCCUCCAAAGUCCUUCAAGACCUAGAAGUUGUAGAAAUUUGCUCUGACCUGAAGCCUGUAAAAGAACUGGAACCUAGAACCUAGAAACUGGAUCCCUGUAUACGAAUCGGGUCUUCGUUUGUCCUAAGAACCCAACCAGUUUAGAGACCCGGGACUUCUUUCUUUAGAACUGGUUUAGCCUGUCGAAGAUCUAGAACCUCAAAAUACCAACCAAGAAGCUGUAAGGUGUUGAGUAUCUUCGGUGAAUCUCCAAGUCGGUGGUCACUCGCGGUGCAUUCUUGGCUUCUUUCGCACUAUCAGUAGUGUUCCACGUACGAUGGCGGAUCGACCGUUAGGAUUUGAACGGUCGGAAGCACGCACUGAAUCCGAAACUGAAACGCAAAAGCGACGCUCACAGUAACGCGUACGCCAGCAGCCUGAGUGCGGCCAGUAGUAGCACUGCUAGCCGGGUCCCUUCUCCACCCAUCCUCCCUACAAAAAAACUUCUGCUCUGGCCUCGCUUUAGUCACAAUUCCACCGCUGCUAGCGCGAGCUGCGGCGCCACGAGCGCAGCCGCCGCCGACGAUUCGGCGGCGGAGGCAGACGUCUCGGUACUAACUCCUGCUGCUGCUGCUAUUAUGAUAGCGCCGUCGGACGCGCGAGCCAGAGGUGGUUGGAGCAGGCGCGUCCCUUACUUGAGGAAGACGCAGAGGGCGAGGGAGAGAGAGAAUACAACGGGCGGUCCGGUCGCUUGCUCCGCCGGUGUGCUUUUUCAUGCCCCUUGGUUCACAGUGCUAGUGGUGGCAUGGCUGGUCUGUGGGCUGGUCUUAGCGGGAUGGCUGAUGUAUGAGCGGCACUCCAACUAUGUGGUGCGGAGAGAGGAGGCGCUGGGCGUGUGGUGCAAGGAACGUGCGCUCAUGCUGCAGCAGCUGCUGCUCACCCAUGCCGGCCAGAUGCAGACUCUAGCUGGCGUUAUCUCGGUGAUGGGCAAGCCUGGCUGCACGGGCAAGUGGGAGCUGGACGUGUGUUUGAACGGCAGCACUUGGAAGGACUACCUCACUCACACGGCACCGACACGGCCGGGAAACACCGGAGCGGUCGCUUGCGUGUUUGUGAAGGAUGGGGAGAGGACCUCCUUUGAGCGGCGCUUCGGCAGCAUAAGAGACAACACUUUGAACGUCAGUUCUCGCCGCCCCAACUAUUGCCCCAAGACCCUCGAGUUGACUACAGUGUAUGCCACGAACGGCACCGGGAACAUCGAUCUCAUGCAACGGUAUUCCGAAGAGAUCCCAUUGGCGCUGGAAGGCAAGCGCUUCUACACGUGGCCAUUUCCUUUGGCCAACCCAUCGGAUCAUCGGGGAUUCGCUGUGGACUUUCCUGUUCGCCGCAGUCUUCCCACCAACGACACGAAGCAGCCAACAGCUGCAGCGGCGGCAUAUGGGACGCUUGGUGCCGUCGUCGACGUGACAUUGAUUGCAAAGAAGGUCCUGGAAGAGUUAUACGAACCCGACCCAUCGAAAUCAUUUGAGCUCUACGACGUAACGGACCCAUCGUCUAUCUUCGCCAUCGUCUCACCAGUCCCGGCGCACGCCUACAUGCAACCGGGCGACGCUCUCCCUCACAUGCACCCCUCGCCUGCCUCCGAAACCCGCCCCUGGGAGUCCCCUGCGGUGGUGCCUCUCGAUGAGUUGAGGGUGUUGAUGCGCAAUUACGAGGUCUGGUGCAGGCACAUAGAGCCUCCCAGCGUAUGGCAAUCUUGGGGCAUCCCCAUCCUCAUCGCCCUCUUGACACUCCUCCUUGUGCUGCUCGUGCUGGCGGCGGCAUGGCUCCAGCGGGCCAAGUUCUUUCAGACACAGGAGCAGGUGGUGGAAGCGGACAGGCUCAGGAAGAAGGCGGAAGCGGCAGAGGCGUCGAAGAGCAUGUUUGUGGCGUGCAUGUCUCAUGAGCUCAGGACGCCAAUGGUCGGCAUAAUUGGCAUGCUCGAUGCUCUCGCAGACAGGCCCCUCCCCUCCCCAGAGCUCUCAGACCUCGUCAUGGCAAGGGCUUCGGCCAGGGAUGCACUGCGCUUGAUCAACCGAGUUCUCGACCUGGCGAAGCUGGAGGCUGGGAAGGCGGUGGUGGAUGAGACGGCCGUUGAUGUGCGCGUGUGGCUUGAUACGGUGCUGGAGUGUCACGUGGAGGACGCACGCUCCAAAAGCAUUGAACUGCGUGGCACUGUGGAUGACGAUGUUCCCACUCGCAUCAUUGCUGACCAGAUGCACCUCUCCAAAGUGCUCAAGGAAAUCACAGAGAACGCUGUCAGGUUCACGGCACAAGGCCACGUGACGGUGCGAGUGUCGUUGGUGCCGCAAGGGACAAGCUUGCAACACACCCUUCAAUGCCAGGGCCUUUCCACGACCACCCCACACACACCCACUUCAACGCUUGCCACCUGGGCUUGCGCUUGGGGCUGGAAGCAGGAGACAGCAAGCAGCGCAGCAAGCAGCGCAGCUGUCAACACACCGGAUGAGUCUGAGACCGCCCAUGACAGGAGAGUCCGCAAGAGGCACGAUGGGAGGCCCAAGAGGCGGCGCGAUGGUCAGCACAAUGGGAACGGAAGACCGUGCCCGUGGUCUUGUCCGGGCCCGUGCCCGUGUGUGCUCGUGCUGUCGUGCCAGGACUCAGGCUGUGGCUUCCCGGCGUCUCUGCACAGAGCGGAUGGCAGUGGAGGGGCUUCGUACUUCUCCCUUGUGGAGUCGCGGGAGCAAAGGGAGGCGAGGAGUGGGUCAGGCACAGCACUUGGGCUGGUGCUGGUGCAGCACAUGGUGACUCUAAUGAAGGGGGAAUUGGCCUUCGACUCACGGCCGGGGUGUGGCAGCACAGUUGCUUUCUGUGUGCCUGUGACUACUCCCUUCAUACAAGAACACUGCUUAGAAGAAACCUACCUGGAGGAUCAGAACGUGCUGCAGGAGCAGAGUCAACAGCAGCAAUGGCAGGGGGAGGUGGCAUGGCAUCGUGAGACCCAAGAGAGAGGGUCAAGAGAGUUUCCAGGUGCUGCCAGCAGUUGCCACGAGCAGCAGACAGGUUCAGGAGAUUCUUCAGGGGCUAUCAACAGAAUGCCGUUGCAGCAGCACAGCGUUCAGGUGGUUCAACGUAACCCGAACCAGCAGCAGCAGCAGCAGCAGUGGUUGCCUCUGGUGCAGUCGUGUGAAGGGUCGUUUGUGGUGCAUGGCUCAGGCGAGGUGCUGAUGCAAGACUCGAGAGCAAUCCAGAGAGGCCGGAGCAAGAGCGAGAGAGUGGAUGCGAGUGAGAGAGUGAGUGUGAGUGUGGGUGCGAGUUAUCCGCGGGCCAUAUCUGUGCCUCCAUCGAGCGCUGCUGCCGCAGGCACGCAUGCAGCAGCGGCUGCUGCACAGACUCGCGCGUGUCUCACUGGGCUGCGCAUCCUGGUGGUGGACGACACGCCGAUCAACCUCAUGGUGGCCCGCCGCACUCUCACCCGCUGGGGCGCUGCUGUGGCUACGGCGAAGAGCGGGGCGGAGGCUGUUGAGAUGGUUGGUACAGGCAUGCAGGGAAUGGAAGGGGAGGAGGCGGUUGAGUCGGUUGUUGCUGACAUGGGGGAAGCAAGAGGGCAGGAGGCGGUUGGGGAGGAGGCGGUGGAGAUGGCUGGUGAGGGCAUCGAGGAGAGGAGAGUGGAGGAUGUGUGUGCGUCAUUGCGGCAUGGUUACGACUUGGUUCUCAUGGACCUGCAGAUGCCUGGCAUGGAUGGCUUCACAGCAGCAGCGGCCAUUCGAGCCCACGAGAGGAGACUGCAGUUCGAAGCCACUCGAAGUAGGCAGCAGCAGAGGCAGCAAGCGGCACUUGAAGCAGACCCUCAAGGGAGGGACUGGAAGCGGCCCGCAGGUGUUGACUGGCAGCGGCCUGACUGGGGAGAAGAUCGGCAAGCACCUGCUGCUGACUGGCAACCACCGGCUGCUGAGAAUGACUGGCCAGCCCUUCCACGUGUGCCCAUAGUGGCUCUGACAGCAGACGUGGAUUGCGGAGUGGUGCAGAGGUGUGCAGAGGGGGGUUUGACGGUGUGCUUCAGAAGCCAGUGGACGCCCACCUGCUGGCGGCGCACUUGAGCCAGGCACAGCUCCAGCUGUCACUGCGGCGGGUUGUGUCGCACCCGACUGUCACACAAAGAAACUGAGAGAUGAUACUGACACUACUACUGACUGAGGCUUAAACCGGUACGACUGAUUCGACAGUCGCUGCUGCGGAUGGCGUCGCCCCCGGCUGUCACACGAAGAGCUGACAGAUUUCACGGACACUACUACCGUCAACACAAUACUUCUGGUGUAUUUUGAGGCGACUCAAAAUACACAAUACUUCUGACUCAGCAGUUGCUGCUCUGUGGGUGGCGUUGCAGCAGUAGCCAACUGCAACUCAAACAACUGAGGGGCACUUGUACUGAGUCAGCAGUCGCUGAGAAAAUUACAGCCUAUGCAAUUUCUGGCAACGAAUUUCGGACAAUUGUUGGCUAGCGGCGGUAGCAAUGCUGUAGCAAAUUCCGAAUACACGACCCAGGGAGGGUCUUAUUGUCAGAAGGCUAGCUUAGCUAGGAAGCUAGAAAAGGCAUGAGGUUUAGCUAGGAGGAGCUAUGGAGUGGCGUGAGGUCUAGGAAGGAGAAAAGUUGAGGGAAAAGAGAGUUGGAAUAGAAAGAGAGAGGCAUACGAGGAGAUUGUACUCUCUACAGUAAAGUUCGGUAACCUACCAAGCCUACCAAUUAUAUAA